AUGGCGCCCGCUGCAGAGCUGGCACGUCCGCCCAGGAUACCGAAACUAACCUAUCGUAAUCGCUUGCCCACUGACGACCUUUCCCUCAUUUCCCGAACCUCGUCUGCCUCUACUGAUAUACCUAACAACGACACAUCCGCAGACCAGCGCUUGUCUACGCCGACUUGUACACCAGUCUCAACGCUAGACUACGACUGCAGAAGCACAACAUCGUCCAAAUCCGCCAGCCUGGCGUCUUCCGAUGAAUCAAUCUCCCGCGAGUCCAAGGCGUCGUCGGCGAAGAAGAGGAAGAAUGGCGUCCUCAACUUCCUCACUCUGAAAGAGCCAUCGCAGAUUGCACUGGAUCAAUUCGCCGAUGCACAGCGAAAACAGACAGCAGCAAAAAGCGGCCAGUCGACACCUGUCGGCCGCCACGGAAUCUCUCCGCAGAAGCUGCCACCCACCGUUCCCAAGGUCAAUUCAAAGUGGGACGGCGUACCGGAAUCUCUGAAAUCCUCGCGAAAUUCCAUCACGUCGAGCAAGAGGGCGAGCACAAUAAGCAGCACAUCAUCCCAAAGUUCGCCAUCAAGUCACACAAUUCGCAAUCCUACGAUAAACUCCUCCACAAUCUCUGUCGCGACGCACGACAGCCGAGGGCCUCCGAAUUCUCUGGCUUCACCAAUGCACUCAGCAAUCGAUGUCAGCGAGUACACUCCUACCAAACUUCCUCCGCGGGCAGACUCGCCUUCAUCUGCCUCGCUACCGGAAAUAACGUACUUUUUUCCGGCUGAUCCGAGCUCUUUGGGUGCUUCACCAGUCUCUAGUGCAGAACAACCUUGGAGUUCACCUCCUCGCCUGGACCAGGAUUCGUCUCAGGCCUUCGUCACUGACUUUGAUGAGAAGCUUUCCAUUUCUGGACCAGACACGGUAACCUCUGAUGAGGUGAAUGCAAUCUUCAGGCGGUUGAAAGGUGCAGCCGGAGAGCCCCAAGGCGUCUAUUUCGGUGCAGAAGAUGAAGAUCCGGAUGUCCCUGACACACACGACUUCCUCUUCGACGUGAACCCUAUCAUGAACACGCCACCGCCAAGAACCUCAUCACACCAAGCUCCCGCGCAACCGGCCCCACCUGUACUGGUCCCACAUUACGUUCCCACUCGAAGACCUACAGCCAAUUUCUCGCGACCACGUCCAAACCAAACAGUCUCAAACCCGCCUCGACCUAGCCCAUAUUCAUAUAAUCGGAAAUUCAGCGCCCCGGUGUUACCCACACUCUACGAGGCUUCUAUAGCCAGCAUAGACGAUACGGACGCGGCUUCCGAUACGACUGAAAUAGGGCGAACCGACACUCGUGGGAGCACGGACAGCACCGAAUCUCUCUCGGCGCCUUCCAUCGCACCUUCAACGGCCCCUUCAGUUGCAACCUCUUUCACGCCCUCAGUGAUGUCGGCUUCCUGGUACCGCUCUUCUCGGGAACGGCUGGGCCUGGGUGGACGCAUUCGAAAGAGUGACGUCCUGCCGUGGGAACAGACGGAGCAGGUGCGUCGAGGUAAGCCCAAGAAGAGCCGUUUGUCUGUCUUCUCGCGGGGCUAG